UGAAAGACUGUGAUACUGACGGUGUUGUUUGUCUACUGAAUGUACAGCCCAUCAGAUGUAACUAUGCUCUGGAUUUUGAGCCUGGAAAACAACUUCAGGGUAGUGCGUGAAGGAACUCCCAUGUGAAGGAGCUUUAAAACUUAUCCACAAAAUGGAAGUUGGAAAAUUGAAUAGUUUGAAGUUUCCCACUGAAGUUCUACUCUAUUGGAGGGGGGAAUGGGAAUAACAAUACCUCUGGAAGUUGAAAUUGCCUCAGAAAUUGGUUUGUGCUUAAAUUGGAAACAUCUCUGAAAGAGAGAAAUAACUCUGCCAGAUGGGAAGUUGACAGCUGGUCAACGACAAACUGCUCUCAAUUUUCCAUCGGUUUUCUAGAUUGGAGGUGAGUACAAGCAUAGCAGCCAUGCAGAAUACAUGCAACAGAUUUCAACUUGUAUACUGAGCCAGUCAUCGAGAGUCAUCCAUAUUUUUGGAAUUGCAUAUGUUAAAUAACUGGAGGGCAGUUACAACAUGAUGACUGCUAAGUUGAGCCCAAUUGGCGAGCAGUUUAGUGCUCAGGUGUGCGAGGAGCCUAGGCCAGAGGUCAACGAUGAAAGAGUUGCCCUGGAGAUGGAGUCUGAAGUCAGGAUCAUGGAUGCUAGCACUGGAAAGACAUGUACAGUUGUGAUGCCAAAGAAAGGCAUGGCUCCAAGAAGGAUGUCUACCCUUCCACUCUGCCGCAUUUGCUUCGAGAGCGACCAACAGCAGCAGCACACAUCCCUGCCAUCGGCUGUACCCCUAAUUUCCCGCUGCUGCUCUUUGGGGCCUGAAGCCCCCCACGAUCCCCUCAUCAGACCCUGCUUAUGCUCUGGUACAGCAGCCUGGGUGCAUCUGAUGUGCCUGCGAAGGUGGCAGGCGUGUUCUGGGUCGGCUGUCUGUGAGCUCUGCCUCUCACCGUUCGAGAUUCCAAAUGAGCUGAGAAUGCUAGUGGCCUCUGAGGAUACGGAUCAGUCUUCCACCGGCCGUCGCCAAGCCUCUACCAUACGGUACUUACAGAAGCUGGGUGUGAUGCUAGUGUACACCGUGUUGUUGCUCAUUCCGCUGUCAGUCAUGGUAGCUAUCAUGAGCUUCCCCCUGGGUGAGGCGUGGGAGGGAGACGAGACAGGAUUGGGAACCAGUUGGAAUAUGCUGGGCCGGGUCCUCCUGUCUCUUCUUGUAAUUGGGGUGUACAUCCCUCUCCUGUACUGCUGCAUCUUCAAACGUUCCUGUCUCCUCAGCUGGAUGAACUCUGACCAGCAAAGUGAGCGAAGGCGGCGUCAGGUCCGCACCCGGAGCAUUAAUCCCACGCUGAUGCCGUUCACUGGCCGCAAUCACCGCUACAUUUGGCACAGAAGGCUUGGCGAGCGGGAAGUUUGUUACAUGGACGCAGCUCUGUUGAUGUAAAGGGGGGCAAGUCUGCGAUUUGGCAUGCGCUGUGUCCCAUACGCAAUGGAAGCCUUACCUUCAAAUAUCCACGGUGUCGGUGUUGUUUAAUUCUGCUAUCAGGCAUCUGGAUGGAGAAUAUCCACAAGACAGUUUGAUGCGACUAGCCUUUGACGUAACGGUAUUCUCGAGGAAAACGUUACGUACCGGACAAAAGAGAACCUUUGCAAGGACUUACCCUAGAAUAUUUCUGAGCUUGGACCAAAAUUAAGAGCAGGUGCAUACACAUCUGGACUUGUUCAAACUCAAGAGUGCAUUUGCCACCACCAAUGUUUUCAAUUUCUUAUUGAUAUGUGCAAAAUUUGUUUGAAGAGGAAAGCCACAGCUUUGCCGCCCUUGUUUGUGUUUUUUCCCCUGUAUUGAUUCAUGCCCUUGCGUUCAUUGGUUGUCAUUUAUACCGCAAUCUAAAGAGUUUGGUUCAGGCCUGAAACUUCUCCGACAGUGAAUGCAACAUGACCUGUCAGGUACACAUGAAUACAUGUAACUCUCGACUGGAAGGGGACUAACGUCGAUGACAGUAUAGUCACCAGGUCCCUGAUUUCACCACCUUUUGUCAAGUCUGAUGAUAUUAACAGUAAGUGGUGAAAAAAGGGAUUUGUGGACUGUAUCGUCAAUGACGCUAGGCGUCUUGCCUCCAUAGGGUAACUUGGGACUUCACAGUCAGUAUCUCACUUGUAUUAUGUACACUUUCUUUACUGAUCAUACAGGUAGCUUAAGACCGAAAAGACACUGCUUCUUUUCACAGCUUAUUUACUCUGGAAUUUAAUCUGAAAACUUUUUAAAACUUCCUUUUGAAUGCAUGAAAUAUCGACUAGUUGUACAGCACAUUUAUCUACAAAACACUUAACAACUUGUCACAUUUCUUAUAAAAAUGUGAUUAUGUUUGAUUUGAGUCUCAUUUGAAGAUUUGAAUAUUUAUGCUUACUCAAGCCUGGCCUGAGUAAGUAAUCCACAGAGUCAGGUUAUUUUGGGUAAGUAUCCCACAAUUCAGCGCUAAGAAAACUAUGGUGGCUUAAUCUAAAUACUGUGGCAUUUUGGACCUUUGAAGUCAAUCUCCUCAUUGGCAAAGCCUUCUUCCCUUGUCUCUCUUUAGAGUUACAACGUACACCCUUGGUGUUAGAAGUUGACCAACUAUAGUUCCUUGGCUUCAUCUUGGGGACAAGUUUGUCAGCUUCCAAUACCUCAGGGAGCUAAAAAUAAAACCCUGACAAUCCACCCUCAAAAGUAUUUUAUAUCUGUAUACUCUUCCAGGGCUCCAACCUAACUUCCAAUUUUUAAGCACAUGGUGCUGGACAGGGUUCAAUCCACAAUGGUCCCCUGUCAGAUUUACUCUAUCAGAUAAUCUGCAUGUACAUAUAGAUUACCAGUCAAAAACCAGCCAUGUACACUUCCAUUCCAUAGAACUGUCUUGAUGUUUUAUUUUCUGCGUACAGAAACACUCAAGGAAUAAUACAACUCAAAAUGGUGACGGGGUAAACCUGCCACUUCAAAUGUACAUGCCUCACCUAUAAAUACAAAAGAACCUUUAAUACAUGUACACUAUUAUUGGUAUACUGUGUUACUAGCAAGUUGUAAUGUAUAAAAAACAAAAAUGACAACACUGAAAUUAUAAACAUGAAUUUGAACAUGAACAUGUAUUAAAGAAACUGAAAUUUAUGUAUUUGUGAAAUUAUGUAUUUGUAGAAUAGAUCAAUUAAGUUUAAUUAACUCAGCAAGUGGCAUAAUUCCAUACUUCAGGUUAUGAGAAACUGAAAGCUAACUUCCAAUUAAUUGGCAGAGAUUGUAAGACAACCCAAGUUGGAAUUAGACUGGA